AUGGAAGCGGAAAGACUACCAAUGGAUAUAGAAGGUUUCUGCUUUAGAGAUGCUGGUCUCGAAGAUAUGAAAAUCGCUCAUGCCAUCAAAGCCACUCAAGUCGCUAAGCCAUACCCAAAAAUUGUACACAAAGGAGCACGAUAUGCUGUGGACUAUGACGCACAAACGCGCCUUGAACUGCUACACCGACGAGCCGAAGAUCAACUUUAUGAUUCAUUCCAAAAUCAGCGAACCAAGGAAAAAGAACAGUUUGAAUCGGAAACAAGGGAAGAAUGGGAACGCGCUUUAGCGGAUUUUGCGCGAAAAUAUGAAAAAGGACAAGCCAAUAUCCGCAAUAAAGAUGACCUUAUACGUCAAUUAACGAUCAAAAGGGAAAAGAAAUUAGAGACAAUGCAAUCCAAACGGAGGGAGCGUGAGCGUCAUCAAACCGCUGAGCUAGUGGAUAGACAGGCACGAGAAAUGUUGGAUUUGUUCAAACAAGCUCGUUCAGAGCAACAAGCCGCGGACAGCUCGUACAGUAGCUCCGCCUACCCAUCGACUCCGCCUCCACCACAACCACCAUCAUGUAGCAAACGAGAAAUCUAUACCAGUAAAUUUUGUCUCGCGCCACGCCUAUUUUUUGACCCACUUCCGCAUUUCAGUUAUGCUGGAUUGCACUGUGUUGUCAUCAAGGGAUAUUCGAAAUCUGCCGGAUAUCAACCUGGUUAUUCCUUCGAUGACAAUCGAUUUAGAAACACUUGGAAUGCUGUUUAUCUGGAUGGAUCAUGGCGAUUUGUGCAAUGUAAUUGGGGAGCGCGUCAUCUUGUCAACGCCAAAGACAGUGAUAAUGAAAAUCGCAGUGAUGGUAAUUUACGCUAUGAAUAUGAUGAUCAUUAUUUCAUGACUGAUCCU